AUGCCAUCUCCCUUGAUUCUUCUCCCCGGGGAUGAGAUCCCGUCAGAAUACCUCCCAUCCACCAAUUCCGCGCCAUUGAGACUUGGCCCCGGUCUCCGUCUACUUUCGCAACCGCCCUCUUCCCCUCAAGCAUCAUCCUCCCCCAGUCAUGUCCUCACAGCCACACAAGCCGGCAUUCUCUCCACAGACACCAAACGGAACGCUGUCUCUAUCCUCUCGACCCCCAAUCGCCGCUACAUUCCUACCGUCAAUGACCUGGUCAUCGCACAGGUCCACCACUCCAGCGUGGACUACUUUCACUGCAUGAUCACGCCGCAAGCGCCCCAUGCGGUGUUGGGACAACUGUCCUUCGAAGGUGCGACGAAGAAGACCCGGCCGAUGCUGAAACAAGGCGACCUGGUUUACGCGCGUGUGCUCUCAGUGGGCCUGGGCGCGGGCGCGGAGGUUGAGCUGGCCUGUGUGAACCCUGCAACGGGCAAGGCUGAACCUGGAGGACUCGGUCAAUUGAAUGGGGGAAUGGUGUUCGAUGUUUCUACGGGCAUGGCUGCUAGGUUGAUGAGGGCGAGCUCAUCCUCUUCGGACUCACAGGAUGGUGUGGCCGGGUUGGUGGUGUUGGAGGAACUGGGCAAGAAGUUGGAGAAAUCGGGCGGCUUUGAGAUCGCCGUGGGACGAAAUGGUAAAGUCUGGGUCGACUGUUCUAGCGGAGGCGAGACUUCAGUUAAGGCUACGGUAGCUGUGGGACGGUGUCUGACUACGAUUGAUGAGCACGAUUUGAAUCCGGCGGAUCAGAAGAAGUUGGUAUCGAGGAUAUUGCGGGAGAUGAAGAUUGAGGUAUAG